UUACUGGUUACUCACCAUCAUUAUUAAAUACCAGAGAUAAAGACUGCAGCUUAAUGGCCAUCGUAGCAUGUGGCAGUAGUAAACAUCGCCAGUGGCCAUCUUUAACUGCUGCACUGGAAAACACUGCCUAGUGGUCAUCAUUAGAAAUUACAGUGGUAAACAUUACCUAAUGACUAAUGUUAGAAUUUACCCAAGGUGAACACCACCUAGUGACUACGUUCAGUAAUAACCAGGGGCAAGCACCACCUGAUAGCUGUAGAUAGUAUCUGCCUGUGGUAAUUACUGCCUAGUAGCCUUCAUUAGUAAUUACCAAUAGUAAACAACACCCAGUGACCCUCGUUAAUAAUGAACAGAAGUAAACACCACCUAGUGACCACUGCUAUUUCUUAUUAUUAUAGCGUAACCUACUGGCCCUUGUCUGCAAUUAUCAGUGGUAAAUGCCAUCUAGUGGCCAUUGUUAGUAAUCACCAGUUAAAUCAUAAGACGCUACGGUACCAGUGGUAAACAGUGACCUGCAGUACUUAUAAGUAGCACACACACCCCCUACCGGGACUGGGUUAAUACUGACAUCUGCUGUAGCACGUGCUCGCUGGACAGAAAUGCUGUUGUUCCACAUUAAAUCAUGAGAUAGGAUAUAUUUACAUUAAAAACAUUUAUAUAGAUAUGAGUAUUGUUGUGAGUAUUGUAUUAUAAUCUAGUUUGGUUUUACCUUCUUCUUUUAAUUACACCAUAGAAUAAAAGUGUUCGAACCUGCAGCCAUGAAAGUGUGUGUGUGUCUGUGUAUCUGUGUGACGUUCUUAUUUCUACUUUAAGGGUCGCAGAUAGACUCUGCACUCUGGCCCGAACUGGAAAUGGAGGGAGAUGGGGGCAAAGUUCAGCCUGACACAGUGAGAGACAGAGAUAGAGAGAGAGAGAGAGAGAGAGAGAGAGGGAGAGAGAGAGAGCGAGAGAGAGAGAGAGAGAGAGAAAGAGGGAGGAGGGGGAGAGCAAAGCAAGAAAAAUCACCUUUGAAAGCAAAACAACAGCCGGCAGAAGUGGAAAGACGAGAGAAGACCAGGGAAAGUGGACACGAGUCCUUACACGGAUAAAUAGAGUGUACGGAGACACACAGGUGUGUAAUGGAGGGAGGAGAGGAGCGAGGGAUGGAGGGACGAGUGCACAGGCUUUCAGCUCUGCAGCAACAACUGCUCUGCUCUCUACUGGGUUCCGGGGUGACCCGUGAAGUUCUGAUCCAGGCCGUCAGCGAGCUGGAGAGAGAGCGGAACCGAGCCGGAGUCGGGCUGGGAGGUGGCACCGGAGCGGACCACUUGGAAGCGGGUGAGCGGACAGAUGGAGAGAGCUCUGAGGACGGGGACUCCGACUUCCCUCCACCCAUCUUCAGGGAGAUUGAGAAACUACCACCUGAGGAGGCAGCGAGGCAGCGGGCUGAGGUGGAGCAGCUGCUGCAAGAGGACCCGUGGCGCGUGGCCAAGAUGAUAAAGAGCUACAUGCAGCAGCACAAUCUUCCUCAGAGGGAGGUGGUGGAGGCGACGGGACUGAACCAGUCUCACCUGUCGCAGCACCUGAACAAAGGUACGCCCAUGAAGAACCAGAAACGAGCCGCGCUCUACAGCUGGUACGUCAAGAAACAGGAUGAGAUCAGUCAGCAGUUCACCAAUGCAAGUCGGGGAAUGGUUCUGGGGGAGGAACCAAGUGAAGAAAACAGGAAGGGGCGGAGAAACCGGUUUAAAUGGGGCCCCGCCUCGCAGCAGAUCCUGUUCCAGGCCUAUGAGCGGCAGAAAAACCCGAGCAAAGAGGAGAGAGAGGGACUGGUGGAGGAGUGUAACAGAGCAGAGUGUUUGCAGAGGGGAGUGUCUCCCUCACAGCUGGCUGGUUUGGGUUCAAACCUGGUGACAGAGGUCCGUGUUUAUAACUGGUUUGCUAAUCGCCGUAAAGAGGAAGCAUUUCGCCACAAACUAGCGCUCGAUCCACCUUACAGCAGCCAAUCAGCGUCUGGGACAGAGCAGAGCAUCCAACCCACUCCAUCACAAGGUCUGAAGUUCACUCCCUCUGUACUGUGUGAGGGCUUAGGAGCAGUGCGGGCUGCUGGGAAUGGAGACAGAGCCGAUGGAGGACAUCUUGGGGCGGGUCUCAUCCAGUUGGAGCCGAGUCACACACUUUUGGAAGCACAUCAACACAAAUCCGUAUCAGGAGGAGGGUCUCUGCCACCUGUCAGCACCCUGACCUCUCUCCAUGGAGUGUCUCACACACACUCAGGCUCGCCGCAGGGCCUCAUCAUGGCCUCCUUACCCAGCGUCAUGAGUCUGGGAGACUCGUCUCUCCUCAUAGGCCUCACAUCCGCCCAACCCCAAACGGUUCCUGUCAUUAACAAUGUAGGGGGCGGGUUCACCACGCUCCAGCCAAUCACCUUCCAGCAGCAGCUCCAUGCAUCCCCUCAGCAGCCAAUCACACAGCAGCUGCCGAGUCACAUGACUCAUGGCAGUCCUUUCAUGGCCACGAUGGCUUCGCUUCCGUGCCACAUGUACAGUAAGACAGAACUGACAUCGUACCCCUCCUCCAGCCUUCUGUCCCAGGCGAUGGUCAUCACUGACAGCAGCAGCAUCGGGACCCUGGCGAAUCUCACCACCGUCCGACAGCCGCUGAGCUCAGACCCUGAGGAACACACAAACACGCCAAUUCAGGAUGAGUCACUACACCUGCAAUCCAGCUCUCCAGCACCAGUGUCCUCCAACAACCUGGAUCUGUAUCCCCAAAGCCAGUCGAGUGAGUCCCACACAUCCCACCUGCUCACAUCGUCACCUACAGACAUCAGUCCCUACAUUCCCGCUCAGAUGGUCUCUACCGCUCAAUAGCAGCAGCAGCAGCGGCAGCACUCUUACUGGAACGUACCACCAGUGUGUCAUGAAUGGGAAAGCAGUUUUAAGUUUUUUUCCAGGUUCAGCAGUGAAAUCCUUUCUUAGGUGGAUGAACAUUAAACAAUGCUGACUUUGUGUCUUUCUGAGGAAUCGCUGAGGAUGAUGAAGAUGAUGAUGCAGAUAGAAAGUGCUCAGGGAUCAGUAAUUUGAGAACACACUGUGAGGUUUAAAGUGCUCACAAAAAAAAAACAGUAUGAACUGGAGUGUGAAUCAAGGUGGGUGGCACUUAAGUUAAAUUGGAUAAGCCAAUCACAAACCUGAUCAUCAUCACUAUUGUACCUUCUUAUUUCACAUGCCACGUAGCUUCAAAUGCUGGUUUUUAUUCCAGUUGACUAAUUAUCUCUGUAACAAUUAGCUCAGUAGCUAAACAAAAACAGUAAGUGAUGAUACCAUCUGGUUGGCAGAUGAUUAUGUCAUGAACUGCUUCAUAAACAACAGUAAUUAUUGUUAAACAGAUUUAAUUCUCUCUGUAAAUAUUGUUUUGAUGUAAAAAAUGUAUUAAAAUUGU